CUUGGCCGGGGCUAAGGCGCGCGGCUCAGCUUGGAGACUUGGGGUCGAUCAAGGAUGGGGUCUGCACUCUGGGCUUCUCAGGGAGCCGCCGUGAAAAAGAAAGUUGUGCAAAGGCACUACCCGUAACCCGGAGCGCGUCUGGGGAAAAUGGAGGAGCGGAUGGGGAACAGCUAACCAGACUACCCCAGCCAGUGGGGACGACGGAGGCGCACGUCGAGGAUCUCUGGAGAGCUCCGUUGAGAACGACGGCGAGAACAUGAGGAGCAUUCAGUCCGCCCCGCUCAAGGCUGGCAUCAGGGCUGGAGGCGACCUACGACGUUGAAGGGUGCAAGUGGGGUACCACCGCCGGAGGGCAGCGCCAUGGCCAGAGAGGAAUGCAAGGCGCUGCUAGACGCGCUCAACAAGACCACAGCGUGCUACCAUCACUUAGUGCUUACUGUGGGCGGCUCCGCGGACACUCAGGACCUACGCGAAGAGCUGCAGAAGACCCGCCAGAAGGCGCGGGAGCUGGCCAUGACGACCGGCGCCCGGUUGACCGUCGCGCUCCGGGACCGGAGCUUAGCUACCGAGGAGCGCGCGGAGUUUGAGCGGCUCUGGGUGGCCUUUUCAGGCUGCCUGGACCUGCUCGAAGCCGACAUGCAGCGCGCACUAGCGCUGGGAGCCGCCUUCCCGCUGCACGCGCCGCGCCGGCCACUUGUUCGCACUGGGGUAGCCGGCGGCUCCUCUGCUAUAGCCGCACGCGCCCUGAGUACCCGCAGCCUGCGGCACGAAGCCGAGAGCGACUUCGAUGUCGCCGAUCUGCCCCAGUUGGAGCGCGAAGUCCUUCAGGUGGGCGAGAUGAUCGACGACAUGGAAAUGAAAGUCAACGUGCCCCGCUGGACUGUACAGGCGCGACAGGCGGCAGGCGCCGAACUCCUGUCGGGUGCCAGUGCUGGCGCGUCCUCCGCCGGUGGCAUUUCGGUAGAGGAGCGCGCGGGACCCUGCGACCCCAGCAAGGCCCUGGCUGCCACCGUUUUCAGCGCCGUGCUGUUGGUGGCUGUGGCCCUCGCCUUAUGUGUGGCAAAGCUGAGCUGACUGAUAUCCAACGGUCGUUCGCUGCCCCUUUUCUUUCCACGGCAUGGGCUUGGGGUUUGAACCGUUAAGGAGAGAGGUAGUGAGCCCGGAUGUGUACGUAUGAACAUGAUCCUUUAAAAACCCACCUCUGCCUAGGCAAAACACGUUUUGUUUUUUAACAUGCUGGCCCAAGAGGAGUUAACAGCACAGGGCAGUCAGGCCAUUACCUCUAAUGUCUGUAGGAGCUUUACCUCCUAUUAAUAGAAAUCGGUCCACAGUGACCCCAGAUCCCUUCGAGUUUGAUGGGUUAAGACGUAUGUCCCAAGUUUGGUGCCCUCACGCUGGUUGGUAGCACUCAUUCUGUUUUAGACGAGACAGUUUGGUAAAGGUGUGGGGUUGUAUCAAGCAUGGUGGUGGUGGGGCAUUUUGUUCCCUAGACAAGAAACCAAUUUCAGUAAGAUGCGCGUGGGUUUUGUUACCUUAAUCCUUUGGGGCCUAGGCUUUGGAAGAGCGUACUGAUAGAAGUUCGUGCAAAGUGCUUUCUCUGUGAUACACUACUGCACUUGGCCGAGUCACCAAGAGCUGCAGCUAUGAGAGGUUUUGUGUCGUGACCCCAUUUAGGGUCACAGCCAAGAAGGUUGUUUCAAUUCGACGUGGUGUAUCCUCUGCACACUUGCUUCAAGAGAAGACCGCUCCGUACUCAUCAUCCCAGGAUGGGGGAGGAACAGGGUGGUGCCUCUUUGGGAAGGGCCCGCGGCUAUGUAAACAGGCACGUUCUCCUUCUCUCCGGCUUACUUUAUCCCAGAAUUAGACCACAGUGUUUGACCCUCCUUUGAGGGAGGGCUGGGGAAUCCUCUUUGAAGCUCUUAAUCCUAUCUAUCCCUGGAAUUUACUCGAUAGCCAAUAGGAACGCUAGUUUUCUAGAGAGCUGCCCAACUGUCUGACCCCAUGUUACAGGGAAGGGCGAUGCUGGUAUCACUAGUAACCUGGGGUUGUGAGCCUGGCAGCUGAGUUCAAAAUGUAUCAGCUUUAAUUUGGAAUUUAAAGAGCUCUAAACACUCGCGCACGCACACACACACACACACACACACACACACACACACUUUCUGAAAGAAUGUAAGCAUGUUAGUACCAAAGUUGGGUUGCUUGUUUGAUUGGUAAAAAAGGAAACUGGGCCACAAGCUCAUAGAUGCCAAGUGAGUCAAGCUUAGAGAACUUGUACAUUGUAUCUAUAGUCUACUAAAUAUGAAUCUGUAUCUGCUUUUUUCCAAAACCCUGGGGACCAGCGAGAUGGCUUAAGAGACAGAAGUAUGUAUUGUAUCUGGACAUAGUGGUGCACACUUUUAAUUCUUGGAGGUAAAUGCAGGAGGAUCUCUGAGUUGGAGGGCAGCCUGGUCUGCAUAAUGAUAUCCAGGACAGCCAGGGCUACACACACACACACACACACACACACACACAGAGGUAUUGCACUUGCAGAGCAUGCACGUUCUGUUCCCAGCACCCACCCACUGCCAGCAGUUCACAACUGCCCGUAACUCCAGCUCUAGGAGAGGUCUAGCGCCCUCUUCUGGACUCCUCAGGUACUUGUCCUCAUGGAUGCACACUAACCACACAUACACAUAACCAAAACUAAAAAUUUUAAAUCUAUAUUCCUGAAUAGAGACUGAAUUUUAAGAUCAACGCUCAAACUGACAGAAUCCUCCACAAAAAAAGGCAGAAGUGGCCCCUGCUUUCCACCGGUAAAGGAUGAGACGGGAGAAAUGCUCUCUGCCUUCCUGGCGGGGCUCUUUCAGAGUCCUGGGGAAGUGGUGCUGAGAAAGUGGAUGCAUUUAAUUUUCAAAUGGUCGGUGGGACGAAGACAAAGAUUUGCUUGGCUAGAAAUGGGAUUUCUUUUAAACCUCUGAAAGUGAGAAAGAGGGGGUGUUAUCGCCACUCUUUCCAUCCCUUAGCCAUUCUUUGGAUAUUUAAUUAGCUGGGUCAUCAGAUGUCCACCUGUCUGUGAUGGUUCUUAGAUGACUGCAAUUCAUUGCAACGUUGCAAAAGGCUGACUUAAAGUAAACAUUGCUCUAGUAGACCUGUGAACCCAGGAAACUCACUGAGAUUGAAAAUGUUAAACAUGAGGUGAAUUCCUUAUGUUUAGACAGUUAUGAUGCUGUCUAAGAAAGCUGCUACAGGACAUAGGCAAAGUCGCCUCUUGCCUUGUAAAACUGGCUAUCUUCUAAUACGUCUACUUGUAUUGGUGAGCUAGCUUGCGGAUAGAAUCCUGGUCUAUUCAUACUUGGCUAUUGAGGUAAUUCAUCUUCUAUAGACUUUUGGUAUGACCUCAUACUUGGUACA